AUGAGAUUGGAAAUGUUAGAUUUCGCUUUGCACGAGAUUACGGGAAAAUAUCGAAGAGCCAUUGAUACGAAACUCGGGGUGGCAAGUAUCGUUUUCGCGCAUAUUUUGGUUUGCUGCAUUAUUGAAGUGUGUUGCUUUGCGGCAUUGGAGCCAUCCGAGACUCGAACCAGCCUUUCCUUGGCCGAUACGCAAAAAAUCCUCAACUUCACCAUCACACCCUCUACGUACUAUUAUGGAGCCGCUUUUUCGUACCCGGGCCCGAACGGGGUUGAAAUCUACGAUUGGAAGAUGAUCAUCGCCACUGGGAUCGGGCUAGCCGUUUAUGGGGCUAUGUACCUGGGGGCUUGUGUUAUUGGCAUUAGACUGUAUCUAUAUGCGAUAUCCCCCUUCUUAUGGGAAUUCAUCCCUGGAUUUGUGGUGCUACUUGGCGGUCUAUUUGGUGUUCCACACAAUUGGGGCUUAUGCGCAACGGUGUUUAUGGCCGGCUACUCGACAAGUGAUGCGGUUUUGUCGCUUUUGUUGUUCAAAGCUUAUCGCCGUCGCAUGGCCGAUAUAUUGCUGCGCGGAAACUGUCUGGGACGUCGACAACGAUUUGUCACCAACUGUAUUUGUAUG